CCCUGGCGCUGUGGUAGUAUGUGAUACAAAGUCGCCGAGUUGAAGUCUUGCGUUUGUUGAGUUUUUCGUCCAACUGUUAACGUGCAAUAAUAACACGGUAAUGCUAAGAAGGUGAAGGAUAGCAAAAGACAACAGCGAAAGCAAUUCUAUUCAAAGAGCGAGAAACGAGUCGAAUAAGUCAAAAGUACGAGUCAACCAAACAGCAAAGAACCAAAGGAAGAGCCAUAAAAACAAAGAGAUACGGGCUACAGUAACAGUGAGGACGAGGUCGAAGGAAGGGGAAGAAUCGGAUCCGGAAUCCUCCAGUCAUCACUAGCAACAGCUAAUCGGACUCUCGAGCUAAAUGUCCAGUUGCCGCUAUCGUGCCAUACGGACGGCGUGUCACUCCCGACAAAUGCGUAUUGUGGUUGACCUUGUUUAAUAUAAUUAUGGCCGAGCGGUCGUUACAAAAGUAUCAGAAAUUGGAUACAGUGACGGUUGGAAGCGGCUCAGGAAGUAGUGCAAGCAGAGCAUCAACAGGACUUCUUAGGCGGGGGGCACUUGGGUCGAAAGGGAGCCCAUCGCUUAGCUGAUAGAAUGGGUGGCCCGAAAAAAGAGGAAAACCCACCAGGUGGUGGUCCGACGUCAUUGUUUAUUCUAACCGAGGAUAACCCAAUUAGAAAGUACACACGAUUCAUCAUAGAAUGGCCGCCCUUUGAAUACGCUGUGUUAUUGACAAUCAUAGCCAACUGUGUUGUGUUGGCACUAGAGGAGCACUUACCAGGGGGCGACAAGACAGUAUUGGCUCAAAAAUUGGAAAAAACGGAGGCCUAUUUUUUAUGCAUUUUCUGUGUAGAAGCGUCGCUCAAGAUCCUCGCCUUAGGGCUUGUUCUGCAUAAACACUCCUAUCUCAGGAAUAUUUGGAACAUCAUGGAUUUUUUCGUCGUAGUUACGGGAUUCAUGACACAGUACCCACAAAUAGGGCCCGAGGUAGACCUAAGAACACUUAGAGCCAUUCGUGUGCUACGGCCCUUAAAAUUAGUGUCUGGAAUUCCUAGUUUACAAGUAGUUUUAAAAUCUAUAAUCAAGGCGAUGGCACCUUUACUGCAAAUCGGUCUCUUGGUGUUGUUUGCAAUCGUAAUUUUUGCAAUCAUUGGACUCGAGUUUUAUUCGGGCGCACUGCAUAAGACUUGUUAUAGCUUAGAAGAUCCAAACAAACUAGUGAAGGAGGGCGAAUCGGAGACGCCUUGCAACACGGACAACUCCACGGAGAAGGCAGCCGGCUCCUUUGUAUGCAACAACACCACAAGCAUGUGUCUGGAGAAGUGGGACGGACCAAAUUCAGGUAUCACGAGUUUCGACAACAUAGGAUUUGCCAUGUUGACCGUAUUCCAAUGUAUCACGAUGGAGGGCUGGACGUCAAUACUGUAUUGGACCAACGACGCAUUAGGUUCAGCAUUUAAUUGGAUAUAUUUCGUGCCUCUUAUAGUUAUAGGCUCAUUUUUUAUGCUCAACUUAGUUCUUGGUGUCCUUAGUGGUGAAUUCGCAAAAGAACGAGAAAAAGUAGAAAAUAGACAAGAGUUUCUUAAACUUAGAAGGCAGCAGCAACUAGAAAGAGAGUUAAACGGCUAUGUUGAAUGGAUUUGUAAAGCUGAGGAGGUAAUAUUAGCUGAGGAGCGAACAACGGAAGAAGAAAAAAUGCACAUAAUGGAGGCUCGUAGACGAAACGCUGCCAAGCGGAAAAAACUGAAAAGCUUGGGAAAGUCGAAGUCGACAGACACAGAGGAGGAAGAAGCCGAGGAAGAUUAUGGCGACGAUGGUUACCUGAAAACUCGCUCAAAACCUCAAGGAAGUUGUACCGGCUUUUGGCGGGCAGAGAAGCGGUUUCGGUUCUGGAUCCGACACACGGUGAAGACGCAGUGGUUCUACUGGUUCGUGAUUGUCCUUGUCUUUCUGAACACAGUCUGCGUGGCCGUCGAGCACUACGGUCAGCCCUCGUUCCUCACGGAGUUUCUGUACUACGCAGAGUUCAUCUUCCUGGGACUCUUCAUGUCGGAGAUGUUCAUAAAGAUGUAUGCGUUGGGGCCACGCAUCUACUUUGAGUCGUCGUUCAACCGAUUUGAUUGCGUUGUCAUUAGUGGUUCGAUAUUCGAAGUGAUCUGGUCAGAGGUCAAAGGCGGUUCGUUCGGUCUGUCCGUGCUGCGUGCCCUGCGCUUGCUGCGCAUCUUCAAAGUCACCAAGUACUGGUCCUCGCUGCGCAAUCUAGUCAUCUCUCUGUUGAACUCCAUGAGAUCCAUCAUCUCACUGUUGUUCCUGCUCUUCUUGUUCAUCCUCAUCUUCGCUUUGCUUGGCAUGCAGCUAUUCGGCGGCCAGUUCAAUCUGCCAGGAGGCACGCCCGAAACCAAUUUUAACACUUUCCCGAUAGCACUGUUGACCGUAUUCCAAAUCCUCACUGGCGAGGAUUGGAACGAGGUCAUGUACCAGGGCAUCAUUUCUCAGGGCGGUGCACAGAAAGGAAUGAUUUACUCUAUAUACUUUAUCGUUUUGGUACUCUUCGGAAAUUACACGCUAUUGAAUGUUUUCUUGGCUAUCGCCGUUGAUAAUUUGGCGAAUGCCCAAGAACUUACAGCAGCCGAAGAGGAACAAGUCGAAGAGGAUAAAGAGAAACAACUGCAGGAGCUCGAGAAGGAGAUGGAGGCCCUCCAAGCCGACGGUGUUCAUGUGGAGAAUGGAGACGGUGCCGUUGCCCCCAGCAAGGCCAAGGGCAAGAAGAAGGAGGAGGAGAAGAAGGAGGAGGAGGAAGUGACGGAGGGUCCCAAGCCAAUGUUGCCCUACUCUUCGAUGUUCAUACUUUCACCAACAAAUCCCAUACGACGCGGCGCCCAUUGGGUUGUUAAUUUACCAUAUUUUGAUUUCUUCAUUAUGGUUGUCAUCUCAAUGUCAUCAAUAGCAUUAGCAGCCGAAGACCCCGUUCGUGAGAACUCAAGGCGAAACAAGAUACUGAAUUAUUUCGAUUAUGCAUUUACCGGCGUAUUCACGAUAGAAAUGUUGCUGAAAAUUGUAGACUUGGGUGUUAUCCUGCACCCUGGCAGCUAUUUAAGAGAAUUCUGGAAUAUUAUGGAUGCUGUGGUCGUUAUAUGCGCUGCUGUUAGUUUCGGUUUCGAUAUGAGCGGUAGCAGCGCUGGACAAAAUUUAUCGACUAUUAAAUCGCUUCGGGUAUUGCGUGUUCUACGCCCAUUGAAGACCAUUAAGCGGGUUCCAAAAUUGAAAGCCGUGUUCGAUUGCGUCGUGAACUCAUUGAAAAAUGUUGUUAACAUUCUAAUCGUGUACAUAUUGUUUCAAUUUAUAUUUUCUGUUAUUGGAGUACAAUUGUUCAAUGGAAAAUUUUUUUAUUGUACGGACGAAAGUAAACAUACUUCCGCAGAGUGCCAGGGCUCGUACUUUAAGUACGAGGAGGACGAGCUGCUGCCCAAACAGGAGCUGAGGGUUUGGAAGCCACGAGCCUUCCACUACGAUAAUGUAGCUGCCGCGAUGCUGACACUUUUCGCUGUGCAGACCGGCGAGGGAUGGCCACAGGUCUUGCAACACUCAAUGGCUGCCACUUAUGAAGAUAGGGGUCCAAUCCAAAAUUUCCGGAUCGAAAUGUCCAUAUUUUAUAUUGUGUAUUUUAUUGUAUUUCCGUUCUUCUUCGUCAACAUAUUCGUGGCCUUGAUUAUUAUUACGUUUCAAGAGCAAGGUGAAGCUGAGUUACAAGAUGGCGAAAUUGACAAAAAUCAGAAAUCCUGCAUCGAUUUUACUAUAGGAGCACGCCCACUUGAACGCUAUAUGCCCAAGAACCGGAACACUUUUAAGUACAAAGUGUGGCGAAUUGUGGUGUCAACGCCUUUCGAGUAUUUCAUUAUGAUGUUGAUCGUAUUCAAUACUCUUUUGCUGAUGAUGAAGUAUCAUAAUCAAGGAGACAUGUAUGAAAAGUCACUGAAGUACAUUAACAUGGGAUUCACUGGAAUGUUUAGUGUAGAAACUGUCCUGAAAAUCAUUGGAUUCGGUGUCAAGAAUUUCUUCAAGGACCCCUGGAACAUAUUCGAUUUAAUCACCGUUCUGGGCAGCAUUGUGGAUGCACUGUGGAUGGAAUUUGGGCAGCACGAUGAUUCGAACUCAAUCAACGUCGGCUUCCUGCGUUUAUUUCGAGCGGCGCGCCUUAUCAAAUUACUUCGUCAAGGAUACACAAUACGAAUUCUCCUGUGGACAUUCGUACAAUCAUUUAAAGCACUUCCUUAUGUCUGUUUGCUAAUAGCAAUGCUAUUUUUUAUAUACGCCAUUAUCGGCAUGCAGGUGUUCGGGAAUAUCAAACUAGGUACGGUGGAAAAUUCCAUUACUAGACACAACAACUUCCAAUCAUUUAUUCAAGGCGUCAUGUUGCUAUUCAGGUGUGCGACGGGCGAAGCCUGGCCAAACAUAAUGUUGGCCUGCUUGAAGGGCAAAGCCUGCGACGAGGACGCCGAAAAGGCCCCUGGAGAGUACUGCGGAUCCACACUGGCCUACGCCUACUUCGUAUCGUUUAUUUUCUUCUGCUCCUUCCUGAUGUUGAAUCUGUUCGUCGCUGUCAUCAUGGAUAAUUUCGAUUAUCUCACAAGGGACUCCAGCAUAUUGGGUGCCCAUCACUUAGACGAAUUUGUGCGCAUAUGGGCGGAAUAUGAUCCAAAUGCGACUGGAAAAAUUCACUACACGGAAAUGUACGACAUGCUGAAGAACAUGGACCCACCGUUGGGAUUUGGAAACAAAUGUCCUAACCGAUUGGCCUACAAAAAACUAAUACGAAUGAACAUGCCCUUAGACGACGAGUUGAGAGUGCAGUUCACCACAACGUUAUUUGCUUUGAUUCGGGAGAAUCUCAGCAUCAAAAUGCGGGCGCCUGAGGAGAUGGACCAGGCGGACAUGGAGCUAAGGGAAACCAUCACGAACAUCUGGCCCCUGCAGGCGAAGAAGAUGCUGAACCUGCUGGUGCCGCCUAGCGAUCAGCUCAACAAGGGCAAGCUCUCAGUCGGUAAAAUCUAUGCAGGUUUCCUCAUCCUGGAGUCCUGGCGCAGCACGCGGUUCGGCCAACUUGAUUCGGGAAUGCCGAAACAAUCAUUUUUUAACUGCCUCCUCGAUAUGGCCGCCCUUGACAAAGGAGGAUCGCGUCAAGGCUCCAUAAGUUUCGAGCCAAAUGGGGAAGGAGCCGCCAACUCACAAACACAUUUGUUAGCCAGCACGCACCACCACCACGCAAACGGUGAUGCCGAACACAACAGUUUGGCAACACUAGCACGGCGGAGUACGAUCAGAAAACGAUCAGUUAGAAACAAAAAGGUGAAUAAGUUUGAUAAACUCCAAGCGAUGCUGGAACUGCAAGACGCGUCGAGACAUCCAUCGCAGGAAUCGCUUACCGGUGCCGAUGCUGGCCAUUUACAUCCUGGACAUUCGUACAUGAAUGGUCAUCGGCGUUCGCCUAGCUUGAGGCACAACGGCUCUCCACUGGCCAGAUCUCCGAGUCCUCGACGGCGUGGCCAUCAAUACAUACAUCAUGAUAUCGGGUUCUCCGAUACCGUAUCUAAUGUUGUAGAGAUGGUCAAGGAGACGCGUCAUCCUAGGCAUGGCAACAGUCACCCGCGGUAUCCAAGAGGUUCAUGGUCAGCAUCGACAAGUCCGGCCCGUUCGCCUUCGCCUUCUCGAUAUGGUGGUCAUUUGUCUCGCAGUAAACGCACUCAACUGCCUUAUCCCACAUAUGGGACAACCAGUCUAUGUCAAAGAUCACGAUCGCCGAGUCCCGCUAGACUUCAGGAGAUGCGUGAACGAGACAGACUUGGUUAUGGGAUUGAUAUGGGAGCAGCGCACGUGCAGCACAGCUACCCCACGUUGGCCUCCCGUCGCGCUGGAAUCGGAAGACGCCUUCCUCCGACUCCGAGCAAACCGUCAACCCUGCAGCUCAAGCCAACCAACAUAAACUUCCCCAAGCUGAAUGCAAGUCCCACACAUACACACCACUCAACGCCCCACAGUGUUCACUCGCUACCACACCACCGUGACCUGCUGCGAGAUCCAAGGGACAUGUACUACAGUAGUAGAGAACGCGACCGGGAUCGCGAGCGCCUUAGGGAGAGGGAUCGGGAUCGGGAUCGCCUGCACGAGUACGACCUGCGCUACGAGUACAGGGAUCGGGAGCGGGAGUUGUACGAGCGCGAACGGGAUCGCGAGCGGGAAGUCGAAAGAGAAAGACUGGAAUAUAUAGCACCGCUGUCAUUCGAACAGGCGCUGGCUAUGGGCCGAACAGGUCGAGUACUGCCAUCUCCAGUUCUAAACGGUUUUAAGCCAAAGAGUAGUCUGAACCCUCGACACUCCGAUUCGGACGAGGAGGAUUGGUGCUAGCAAAGGCUUUGAUUGCGAUCGCGUAACCGAAAGGAUCAGAUCUGGGUAUAGCAUCAGGCCAUAUGCUCCUCCUUGUCGGCACCAAACUUAGACCACAAUUUUGAUACGAUACGACACAGAUACCAACACGAACAUCAGCCCCCACACCUUUGUCCCCAGCCACACCUACAUCGGCGGUACGACACGGAUGUAUCGACACCGAAACUAGGAACCACUAUAACUAUAUCCGAUAUCAAAUUGGCUGGAGAAAGCUUACAGGAAACAAACCCAAAUCGACAACCGCAACCGCAAUCGCAACGGAAGCAGGAGCAGCAAUUGGAGCAUCAAGAUGGGCGGUUUAGGUGGCUCAGAUGGUGCCAGGAGCCCUAUGAACGCCCCACGAUGGCAUCACUGCCCGAAACCAGAGCAACAUCGCCCCAGUCCGAUGUCGAGUUCAUCGCAAAUAUAAGGAGAAAAGAAACCGAAUCCGGAACCGGAACCACUGCAAUAACACCAAGGACAACUAAAACUGAAGCAAUGAUAUUAAGCGUACCAACUACAAUAACAUCGCCAUUAGCUAUUAAAAAGAUAUACUCAGACAAUGACAUUAAUUAUAACACCGAAAGAGAUAAUGGCCGAGUAGAGGAAUCAGCCCACCAUUAUCGCCAGCCAGAACUCAGCACCCCAGAUCUACAACACGAGCCACCACUGCAGCAACACAACAGCCAGCACUAUCCGCAGUAUUCGUAUCAUACGCUAUGAGGAGGAUGGAAUCGAGAACCAGAGUCCACUAGAUGUGCUACUUUAAUUAAAACUGAAACGAGGUCUAAGGAGUGUGGAAGAUGACGUAACGAAAGUUAAGGGAUUCGAACUAAUACUUGCCACUUCGAGGCAAAAUGGAAAACUAAUUGAUGGAUAUGGAUAUGAAUAUGAAUAUGAUCAAGUGUAUUGUACUUUUUUUCUACUGUAAGGACAAGUCUAGAGGAAGAUGCAAGUAAUAACAGAACUUUUUCAAACAGAACACACAUAGAUCUAGAUCUAGGUCUAAAUACAUAGGAAAUACAAUUGUAGGUACUCGCAUAUACUGUAAGUUAUCUAGGACAUAGCUCGAGGAAUCAGUAAUCUGCAAGCGUUUUUGUCUUGUUUGUAUUAAAGUUAGUAACUCAAUUAUGUGUAUUUAAAUGCGACACUUUAUUUAUUCUUUGUACAUACCAGAUAAUUGUAGAUAUCAAAUUUUUGUAUGUAAUAUAUUUACCUACGGCUACUAAUAUAAAUACCUUCAACAAAAUGAACUUGAUAGCGAAUAUUAGCUAUAAUAGCAACAAAUAGGGGGGACUAUGAUUUUUCUUCAGUUAUUUUUCCUUAAUCGUAUAUUUUUGUUUUGACUCAAAAAGCUUCACUAACAAGAGAAUAAAACAAACUGAUUAAUUCAAAUACAAAGCCCAACUACAACCAAAUAACUCAAUUAUGACCAAAAGUAUGUAUCUGUAAAAUUAGCAUCAACCAGUGCCAUGUAUGUGUACCGAUUUUAGGAAUUUUUAAUAGUUUUUUGUCAUAUUUCCUCAUUAAUGCUUCUGUUAAUGAUUUUCCGGAAGAGUUUCGUAUGGUGAAAUAGCUUUUUUCGAUCAGUUAAAAAAAAUGUAUGUCUAUAUAGUCUAGGGCAUUGAUUUACAACCGAGCAUCUUCAACAAAAACAUGUGUAGAUAUAAUACAUACACCUCCGGCUCCUCAUACUCCUUAUGUGUAUAAUGUAAAAAAAUGCAGAGUUCAUGGCACUUCAAAAAUAAUAUAUUUAAAUAUAAACGCAGGCACACAACCCCUCCAACUCACUAAAAUGCAGACAUCAUGUGUAUAGAUAAACGAAUCGUACAUAUUGGACGACGGGAUAUCGAAGAACGCACAAUAAUUGUAAUUUAAAGAAAUGAAUCCAUAACUUAAGUAAAUAAUUAUAGCAGCUGAGCAGUAAUGCGAAUUUACACAGCAAAUUAACUUACCAUUACGAUUAUUAUAAUGACUAGAGUCGUAGAGUGCAUACGGAUGUAACAACCAUUAAGCAAGCGAAGAAAAACUAGAGACACUAAACCAAAACUAAGAUAACUGAGCUGACUUUAGCUAUGUACGAUACAAAAAUAUUAACUGAGCAAUACUGAAUAGGGAAAACGACUUACCUAGAAACGAUAAACCAAUAUAUACACUUAAAAAAAAGGCCAAAAUCGCCAUUGGUUUUAGAAAUUCGCCAUUAAAAUAAAUAUAUGGCGCAAAACAUAAUUUUAUGAAAAUUUUUUCUUUAAAAAAUAAAGUUUUCCGAUAAAAUUAAUAGCUUUCUAUAAACAGUCAUACAAUUUAGAAAUUUUCCGUAAAUCCAGAAAUAUGUAUGUAUAUGUAUCAUGAAAUAUUUGUUGAAAAUAAGAACUGAUUUUUCCUGAACUCAUAAAAGAAUUUGUUAUAUUUUAUAUUUUGUUUCUAAAACAGAGAGCGAUUUUCUAUGAAACUGCAAUUAGGUUUUCUUAAAACAAAAAUUAACUUUUUUUUAAAUAAUUUUGUUUGUUAGAUUUUAAAGUGGAAUAAACUUUUUUUGUUGUUUUUUAUACAUAUUCUAGUUUAAAUGCGUACGAAAACAUGUACAUAGGUAGGUGCCAUUUUUUUGUGUACAAAUUUCUGCCGGUGUUGUAAAUUAUGGAAAAAAAAUACUAAAAUGACUCCCAUUUCUCAAAACAGGAGGUUUGCUCCAAGUUCUCAAGGUGUAAAAAUAUGAACACUUUUGUAAAUAUAUAUUUUUAUUUUACUAACUAAUUUCCGGCAGCAAAAACUGAUUGUGAAGUUAAAUUUCUCAUUUAUUAAAAUAGAUAACAAAUUUAGAAAACAAAUCACUUUAAAAAAAAAGACAUGUUUGUAAUUUUGAAAACCAUUUUACAAUUAUAUUUCUAAGUUUAGGGAAAACUUUUCUGAACAUUUCAAACGUUAAGAACCAUUUUAAUUUUAUGGCGAUUUUCUAAAAGCUAGAAAAAAAUUCGAGUAUAAAAAGGACAAGCGUAUUCUUCUAUAAUUAUCUUAAUAACGGAUGCAGACGAACAGACAUUCAAGCAACAUAUAGGCGCCUACAUAGAUAAAUAUACAAUAGGUUAUAACUAGUCUCAGAUAAAAGAAGAAUUCCAUUGCUAAACAAAACCAAAAACCAAAGUUCGCCGGUAUUAAGAUUCACUCUCCAAUAAAUUGUAUACACACAGCGCACUAGCGAGUGCUGUUCAGGUAUUUCCGAUAUUCACUUUUGACUACUUCCAGUAAAAAUUUGUCUGCUCGGCAAAUGUUUCAAGUCCUCAGUCUUAGGCUAAGAUCAGAUUUUUGACCUUCCUUCAUAUGCACUGCUUGACUUACAUUAACAUUGAAUUAUUACUAGCGAUAUCCUCACACAAGUAGAGUUCUUGGAAGGGCAGCUUAGGGCUCAUUAGCUCAAUUACUACUACUGAAUCAUUGCCCUGAUGCCAAAACUAAAAAUAUAAACGAAUAAUAAAAACAAAACAAAAAAUCAAAUCAAAAACAAAAACAAAAAUAGGAAUGAGUACAAAAUAUUAGUAUGGUUUACUGAUGUCGUUUCGAUAUUAAAUGUAUAUCCAAUUCAUCAAGCUUUUAGGGAAAUAUUUAGUUAGAAAAUUAUUGGCAUCCUUGACCAUUUCAAAUGAAAUUACUCGCUUUAAAUGCUCACAAUCUUCGCUUCGUCCUUCGACUAGGCUCCAGCUGCCCCACUCUGCUUUUACUUCUACAAUAAACAUUCUUGCAAAAGAAUCAAAAUGAACAUCAAACUCGAAACAUGAAAACUCGACGUUAUAAACCACGUCCCGCCAUCUACCAUCUACCAUUUAGCAAACGAAAUGUCAAAAAGUGUCCAUACAUGUAUUUUAAAGACAAUGCUGCGAUCGAAUUUUCUUCCGGGUUUUUGCAUUCCUCUCUUACAUUGCCUAAUACUCCAGCUGCUUGAAGGCUGGUUGCCAGUUCAUUUAAAACCGCUGAACCGUGGAAUCUAUAGCUGGAUCUGUGGUGAAAUAUAACCAUGAUAAUGACAAAAUGCGAACAAGUAAAAAUUGAGGCUGACCCGAACGGUCCGCUCCCUGGGUUCCGUGUCUCAUGUCGUAGGUGGCUUACUUUUUUUAAACAAUACAUUUAACCAUAACCUAACGAUUCGAUUGUAUAUUUUGUUAAUUGUUUACUGUCUGGUGUGAACGGUUACAUGAAAAAUAUAUGUAAGUAGAUCUGACUUUUUUUUUACAAAGCAACAAAAAUAAUGUGGGAGGAGAUAGUAGAUGCAAUUGAAAAGGAAAAAUUAAUGAUAAAAACUAGUUUAAAAUUAGAAAAUGUAACUGUUAUGGCUAAAGUUUAAUGAUAACACAUAAACAUAAAUAUAUAAAAAAAUAAUUAUAAAUAUCUUAAUUUAAUAUACUAAGUACAUAAACCAGUUAAAAUAAUUACUAAGGUACGCUAGAGAUAAUUAAACUACAUUUAAUAAUUAUGUAAUUAUAAAUAUGACUCGUAAUUUAUAUACAAGAUAUACAUACAUAAACAUAUAAUAACAUAAAUACCUGCCUUCAACAAAUUUGUUAAUAAAACUAUUAAUACUUUCUUAUUUUACAUAAAGUAAAGGAAUACCAUAAUAAAAAACAAGAAGAAAAUAAAUGCC